AUGACUAUACAAAACACUGAUGGGCAGUUAAAUUUGAUAAACAGGGCUUGCCUUAAAUUGAUGAGCAGCACCAAUGAAAGGAUCCUCCCAUUACUUAGGUUAACAUGCCAUCAGAGAAAUAAUUGCUGUCGGCUGAAAAACUGCCCUAUGAAUGGAUUAUGAAAUUUGAUUGACUGCAGUUGGUCAUACAAAUUAGAACCUCAAUUACUUUUGGCAAAUAGUCUCAGUGGCAAUCUACUCUAACUAAUUGACUGAUUACAAGGCACUGAUUGUAGUUAAUGUAGAUACGAUAAACAAAAAUUUGAAGUCCAGAGAUCUGUUGUAUUCUGAAUUGCAUUAAAACAUAAAACUGUGUUAAUAUUGAUUGUUAAUAACUUUUAAACUAAAAAAAGAAAAGAAAAACACAUUAAGCUGAGUCCUUGGCUGGCCCCGGUGCAGUUGAUCAAUGCCAUGUAACAUCCAAAAGGGAGAAAUUCAAAAUCAAAGCUGUCGCUAUAGCAACGCCCCUGCCAGAUUCCACCAAUCAAUGGAGCCCGUGGGGUUGCGAGAUGCGCCAUGGAAAGGCCAGCGUCCUACAUAAAGAGUGCGGGACAGGGAGCUGGGCGGCACACACGGGGCAACACACCUUUCUGCACGCACAAGACAAAGGCACAGCAGCAAGAGGAAGGGUCAGGAAACGGUGGCACAGAGAAAGGAAGAGAGGCAGGGAAUAACUGAGAAGAAAUGGUACGCUCAUGUGAACGAGGGAUCCCUGCCUGGGUCUGUGUGGGCACCCUGCUCCUCUUCAUCCACUUCCACCCUGUCACAGUUAGAGGAGCUGCCCUGAAGCAGGAGGCAGCUCUGGACAUUGGGGCCACGGUGCUGAAUCACUCCAUGAGUUUAGUGCAGCGCAUGGAGACCCUGCUGGCCAUGGGGAACGGCAGUGAUGUCACCCUUCGGGUGCAGACCAUCAACACUGACGAGGUGAAGGUGAUCCAGGCCCACAGCCUAGUUCUCACCCUGCAGAGUGAUGUGUUUGAGGAACUGCUGCUCAGCCGCAAUAACAGUGCUGUGGUUUUGAGGGAGACACCCGACUGUGCAGCUGUCUUUGACAAGUUUGUCAGGUACCUGUAUUGUGGUGACAUCUCAGUGCGGCUAGAUCAGGCCAUUUCUCUGCAUAAGCUGGCCAGCAAGUAUCAUGUGUGGGGCUUGCAGCUGGGUCUGACCCAAUAUAUGACCCAGCAUCUGUCUAGUGAUUCCCCCACGGGCCAUGUGGUUGGUUGGUACAGCUAUGCACUACAAAUUGGGGACAUGGCCCUGCGGGACAGCUGCCUGCAGUACCUGUCCUGGAACCUGUCUUCUGUGCUGCAGAGCGAAGAAUGGGGCUUCAUCAGUGAAGACCUGCUCCUCUCCUUGCUCCAGCGCUCCGACCUCAUUCUGCAGAGUGAGCUGGAGCUCUACGAGGCUCUGGAGGCCUGGAUUAGCCAGAACCAGCCUGUCAGUACGACAGUGGAGAGUGCCCUGAGGGCUGUCCGAUACGGCAUGAUCCCCCCUCAGCACCUCUUCCGUCUUCAGAAGCAAUCCGCCCUCAUGCUCAAGUAUUAUGAGUCUAUCCGUGAUCUUCUCUAUCUAGCAUUCCAAUUUCACUCUGCCUCACCUAUCCAGCUGGCAAAGUACUUUGAUGUCAACUGCAGUAUUUUCACUCCCCGUAACUACCUGUCCCCCUCCUGGGGUUCUCCUUGGGUCAUCAAUAACCCAACCCGUGAUGACCGCAGUUUCAGCUUCCAGACCCAGCUCGGGCCCAGUGGCCAUGACGCCAGCAAGAGAGUGACAUGGAACGCCCUGUUCUCCCCUCGCUGGCUCCCACUCAGUGCCAGGUCAACCUAUACUGAGCUGGGUGCGAUGCAGCCCACCCGCACAGAGGGAGGUCGACCUCGCAUUAUUGUGACACCGGCCACCUCUAGUCCAGACUUUGCCGGUGUGAGUUUCCAGAAGACGGUGAUUGUAAUGGCAAAACAGCAGGGAAAAGUGGUGGUUCGCCACGUCUACAACUUCCACCAAAGCACAGAGGAGGCCGGGGAUUUCCUGGUGGAUGCUGACCUGCAGCGCCGUGCAUCAGAAUACCUAAUUGACAGCUCCCUCUAUCUGCACAUUAUGAUAAAACCCCUCUACCAUACCCUCCUUGUCGCCAGGAAAUAAAGGCAUGAAUUUGGUGUGGCUUCAUCAUUGGUUAUCCACCCU